AUGCGAGAGGAACGCCUACUUUGUUUGCGUCCCUUUCCAACACUUUCCGAGAACUUGACCUUCGCUUACAAAGAAAUAAAUAGCGCUAACCUUUCGGCUCCCAUUCCCCUCACAGGUCUACUGAACGGCGAUUACAUUAACACGAGAAGUCAGCGCGACUUUCAUCACAGGCCUGACCCUCAGGAGCUGUACGUCCAUCACGACGAGCCGGACAGCAGCUCCAGUCGCGACAGCACUGCCUCCCAGCCCUCGCCACCGGCCAGUUGUCACUAUACGCCGACCGCUAGUCUCGAGGACACCGACAAAGCCCAGAGCCAACCGGCGCGCAGUCCUUCCCGACUAUCGUCCGACGAGACCACAGAUAUCGGCGACAACUCCUCAGCCAAUAAAUCAGAUCCCAAUCACCAAAGUAACCGCCGAAGGCGUACGUCCUUCUCGUCGGAACAGUUGCUGGAAUUGGAGCGCGAGUUCCACUCCAAGAAGUACUUAAGUCUGACCGAAAGGGCACAGUUAGCCCACACGCUGGCCCUAUCGGAGUCGCAAAUCAAGAUAUGGUUUCAAAAUCGUAGGGCGAAGUGGAAGCGCGUGAAGGGCCAGAGGAUUGUGGCCAUCAAUCACGCCGGUGGUGGUGCCGGUGGACAGGGAUCCAAUGCGCCCGGCCAUAAGAUACAUGUGCCCAUACCGGUGCACGUGGACAGAGUCAAGAUUAGGAGUCAACAGCAACAGCUCGAGAAA